CCGGCCGUUGGCCGGCUACCCCGAGGGGCGGGACUCGCGCCGCUUUGAAUCGGUGUCGGGCGCCAGGGCCGGGACGCGACAUGGGGACGGUGGAGCCGGUGGUUGAGGCCCGGCCAGAGGAAGGGGAUGGCAUUGUCGCGGCUGGUCCGAGGCGCCUGGAGGUUCCCCGGCCACCCUCCAUCGAGGAGUUCACCAUCGUGAAGCCCAUUAGCCGUGGCGCCUUCGGGAAGGUGUACCUGGGCCGCAAGGCAGGGAGGCUUUAUGCCGUGAAGGUGAUGAAAAAAGCAGAUAUGAUCAACAAAAACAUGGUUCACCAGGUCCAGGCAGAGAGGGAUGCAUUGGCUCUCAGUAAAAGUCCUUUCAUUGUGCACUUAUACUACUCACUUCAGUCAGCUAAUAACGUCUAUUUAGUGAUGGAGUACCUUAUUGGUGGAGAUGUCAAAUCUCUUCUCCAUAUUUAUGGAUAUUUUGAUGAAGAAAUGGCUGUUAAGUAUAUUUCUGAAGCGGCAUUGGCUCUUGAUUAUCUUCACAGGCAUGGGAUAAUCCACAGGGAUCUGAAGCCAGACAAUAUGCUUAUUUCUAAUCAGGGCCAUAUAAAGUUGACAGACUUUGGGCUUUCCAGAGUUACUCUGAAUAGAGAGAUAAAUAUGAUCGAUAUCCUUACUACACCAUCAAUGGUAAAGCCAAAGCAGGACUACUCGCGUACUCCAGGACAAUUGUUGUCUCUCAUCAGUUCUCUGGGUUUUUAUACGCCUGUUGGAAUGAAAAUGCCGGAGUACAAGUCAAGCGAAUCAUCUGAGAGUCUGCAUGGAAUGGUUUCUCCCUUACCUGUGGUCCAAAAGGAAGAAACCCCUCUUUCAACUAAAUUAUUCAAAACAUAUCUUGAUACUUCUCCAUUAACUCCUGUGAUGCCAGUGAGAAGUUUAACUCCUACUCUGCUUCAGUCAAGAAAAAGGUUUGGUACCUCCAGUGCCAGUAGUCAAUCCCAAAAAUACCUGUCUGGUAUGGAAUCGGGAUGCUGCAGCAGCCCCAGGUGGGAGAAAGAUGUAGAGCAAAGUGAAGAUGGACCAUGUUCUACAACAGGCAAACCAAGUAACAGUGGGUCAACUCUCCUUUCAAAUGUAGAAUUACAGAAUAGCAAAGGUUUGAAUAUUUUAAAGACAGAAGAACUGGAGUCUGCCAUUUCUCCCAUCAGCAGCAAUGACUCUGGCAAUCAGCAGAAGUUGGGAAGUGAACGUUCUGAUAUAACAAAUACUCCUGUGACCGCACUGGAUAUGAAAGGCAUAGUCAGAAAAUGUCUUUCUGAAAAAAAGAUUUGGGAGGAAAAACUCUUCAUAAGUGAAAGAGAUAGGACUAAUGAAACACCAGAAGCUUCCAAUGGACGACAGUCAUGGUCAAGGCAGAAUGAGCCUGUCGAGCCUAUUAAAAAGGAAGAGAUUUUUGAAAAGCCAGGUGUAAAAAGAAGCUUUGAAUUAGUUGACACUAGUCCUUCUGAGGAGCUUAACUAUGUUAAGAAGAGCAAUGCAGAAUAUAAACGUGGCUGUCAGAUCAUAGAAUUUCCAGCACAUAAAAGGACAGGUUUGACAACAGAAAUUCAAUCCUUAAUGCUUCGUGAUGAUGGAUGCCUACAGGACACCUGCAAAAGCAAGGAACAAAUUCAGAGUCUUAUUGGUAACCAGAAAACAAUGGAAAGUUCUCUUAUUUCAGUUAUAGCCAAAAAUCUUGCAUGUGAUCUGGAUGCUGACUAUGAAAAGGAUAAUAAAAAGGAGUAUAUGAACUCAAGUUUUUUUGGCAGUGAUGAUGAAAAGCCUUCAGGAAUCCUCAGUGCAGAUUCUGACUUGUCAUUUCCUGAAAUGUCUGUUACAGAAAAGCAGCUUUUAGAUUUGGACAGAAGUGUUAAAGACCUUUCCUUUGAGCAACUAGAACCAGAAGGCGUGCUUGUAACAUCACCGAAGUCCCAAGAUGCCACACAAAAUGGAGAGGAAGCACAUGCUGUCCAGGAAUACAAGCCAUUACCUGAUGAAAAGGGUAAUGACCAAAAACACAUGAAAGAAACUCACCAUGACAUAGUAUCUUCUCCUUCAGAAAAGAUGAUGGAAGCACUGAAUAUGUUAAAAAAAAAUGCUGUUGUUUUUCGAAGUUAUAAUAGCCCAAUUAAUAUGUCCAAUAUAUCUGAGCCAUGUAGCAUGGCUUCCUUAGAUAUAAUGGAUGUUUCACCUGCGUGUAGUGGCUCUUACCCAACAGCUAUUACUCCAUUACAGAAAGGAAGGCCAUACCGAGUCUAUCAGACACCUCAUCAGGGAGAUGCUGGCACACCGUAUAGGACUCCAAAGAGUGUAAGAAGAGGAGCUGCUCCAGUAGAAGGUGAACGCAUCCUGGGGACCCCAGACUACCUGGCACCUGAGCUGCUUUUGACAAAGCCUCAUGGUUCUGCUGUAGACUGGUGGGCCCUUGGAGUUUGUCUGUUUGAGUUUCUAACUGGAAUUCCACCUUUUAAUGAUGAAACACCAACACAAGUCUUCCAAAAUAUUUUGAAGAGAGAUAUUCCGUGGCCUGAGGGCGAAGAAAAGCUGUCUGAUAAUGCCCAAAAUGCAAUAGAUAUUCUUCUAACAAUUGACAGUACUAAGAGAGCUGGACUGAAGGAACUAAAAAAUCACCCUUUCUUUCAUGGUGUGGACUGGGAUAAUCUACAAAAUCAAACUAUGCCAUUUAUACCUCAGCCGGAUGAUGAAACUGAUACUUCUUACUUUGAAGCUAGGAAUAAUGCUCAGCACCUGACUGUGUCUGGAUUUAGCUUAUAGCAUCAAGAUAAGUAUCUUUGUCAGCUGACUUACUGAAGAGGUUUGUGUUUGAGGUUUGUACUUGUUAGAUAAAGAUAGCUCGUGCUGAUGGUGCCAGCCAGUGGCUGCCUGUCAGAAGCCAAGUACUCUGCUAGUGAGUUUGCCCAAGUGGCUUUUGAGUUCCAUGAAGUGACCUGUCCUUCAAAAGGAGAAGAGUUGUUCCUCCAUUGCCUUGCUUCUUGGGAGACAAGACUUAUUAAGGGAAUUCUGAGCAAGCAGUGUCUGCUGGGUUCCUACUGCUGCUCAGGGAGCUGCAAAGUAAUAGGGAUGGGAGCAAACAAGAUGUUUCCUACAAGGGCAAAAAAAGCUAAUUCUUAACAGCUCAGAAUGAGAAAUCCCACUCUAGGUGUGAUAACGUCAACAUAGUGAAGCAGAAUCUUGGCAAGUUCCAAAGCACACAGUGACUCUCACUCCCUCUGCUAAGGCCUUCAAUAGCAACAACUUAGAAGCUUUCUGAAAUCAGUGUUACAUGAAAAAGGUGCAAACAAUAAAAUGUGACACGCUACUAUAGCAGUGGCCAUAGGCAAUGUUCUCUGAACAUGGGGAGAAGUUCUUUACCAUUUUUCCUGUGUAUAGUCAGAAUAUAUAAACUUAGGGAACACCUGAAGUAAUCACUGGUAUUUUACAUAAUUUAUUCUUCCAUUUCUAGUAAUCUGGUUUAAGAAAGCUUAGGCUUACAAAGAUGUACCUGUUUCAUGCUGAGGAAAAUACUCCAAAAAUGUGUAAGGAAAUAAUGAAAACAACACCACAGCAGCUCUGGGUCUUCAGUACUUUACUAAAUGUUUACAGCCUGUUCCCAUUUUGUGUAUCAUACAUUCCUCUCGCAGCACAAAACACUCAUUGCAGGGGUAUGACACAUUAAAGAUAACCCCUUGAAAUAAUUCUCAAUCAGCUGCAAGGUCAAAGCAAGCUUCUAUCAAAAGCUUUUCUUUACCAAUCACAGUGAGUUACAGAACUGAUUAGUCUUUCAGGUAAUCUAGUGCUAGUGUGCACAGCCA